AUGAGGAAGGGUCUGAUCUCGGGUUUGUGUAAAUCGAAGAGCGGUUGCAGUGGGAAAGGGCUGGGACCGAGCCGGACAGCUGGACAGUCUGGGCUGGGAAUAUCAGACAAACCCCCUCCCAGCCUGGGAACCACAACGAACGGAUCUCACAGCCCGGGCUCGGGCGCAAAGCUAAAACCGGGGCUGCGGGACCGGAGAGCCCGGAGCCUUCAGCCGUCCGGGAGAACACGGUCCCAGGCCUUUACCACUGCAGCAGGCUUCCAAUUCACACAAUACCGGGAUCAGAUCCGUACUCACCGCUGCCGGCGACAGCUGCGGUCGGCACCCAGAGCGCUACAAAUCACCGCCGGUAGCCGGAGGUCCACACAGCUCCACCAGUGGCCGGAGGGCCACACAGCGCUGCCAGCGGCCGGAGGACGAAACAGCGCCUCCAGUGGCCGGAGGCCCGUGGGACAAUGGAGAGGUGACGUCACACAGGCCCCCCACGCGCCUGACGUCACACCUGGGUUCCCCACACCGGGAUUUGUCCUCACGUGCGCGGUGUCUUACGUCACCCACGAGCUGCUGUGCUCGAGCUUUAAGAAGCGGACCAGCGGAGAGGGCGGUACCCCCGCUGGUCCGGUCUUCCGCGCCGGCGCCGAUCUCUCCGUCAAAGCGGAACAAUUCUCAAAAGAGAUUUAUUGGAAGAAAAACCCCAACUGGAAGCAAACCACGACUGAAGACGAGGGAACAGCAACAAGUGAACCAGCCCGAGGGUUGAGAGCAUCAACUGGAGAGAACCCAUCUGACUCAGAGAAUCCAGUGAUUCAGUCAGGAGAAAGUUUGGUUAAAAAUGACAAGGAAUUUGUUUACGUGAAAAUUGAACACAACACGUCGGUUUUGCUGUCUCUGUCCAAAUAUUUAAGAAGUGGAGCAAGGGAUUCACUCGAUCAUCCUUCCUGCUCAGACUGUGGGGAGGGAUUCACUUGGUCAUCAGACCGACUGGCAUUCCCGUCAUUUUACACAGGGGAGAGGCCGUUCACCUGCUCAGACUGUGGGAAAGGGUUCUCCCGGUUAUCUCAACUGAAGGUACAUCAGAGAGUUCACACUGGGGAGAGGCCAUUCACCUGCUCAGACUGUGGGAAGGGAUUCACUCGGUCAUCUGAACUGAAGGUACAUCAGCGAGUUCACACUGGAGAGAAGCCGUUCACCUGCUCAGACUGUGGGAAGAGAUUCACUCUGUUAUCUCAACUGAAGUUACAUCAGCGAGUUCACACUGGGGAGAGGCCAUUCACCUGCUCAGUCUGUGGGCAGGGAUUCACACAGUUAACUAGCCUACAAGCACACAGGUCAGUUCACACUGGGGAGAGGCCAUUCACCUGCUCAGACUGCGGGAAGGAAUUCAGACGGUUAACUAGCCUACAAGCACACCGGUUAGUUCACACUGGGGAGAGACCGUUCACCUGCUCAGACUGCGGGAAGGGAUUCACUCAGUCAUCCUACCUACUGGUACACAGGUCAGUUCACACUGGGGAGAGACCGUUCACCUGCUCAGACUGCGGGAAGGGAUUCACUCGGUCAUCCUACCUACUGGUACACAGGUCAGUUCACACUGGGGAGAGACCGUUCACCUGCUCAGACUGUGGGAAGAGAUUCACUGAGUCAUCUAAACUGAAGGUACAUCAGCGAAUUCACAUUGGGGAGAGGCCGUUCACCUGCUCAGACUGUGGGAAAGGAUUCACUCAGUCAUCCCACCUGCAAGCUCACCGGUCAGUUCACACCGGGGAGCGGCCGUUCAUCUGCUCAUACUGUGGGAAGGGAUUCACUCAGUCAUCUCAUCUGAAGGUACAUGAGAGAGUUCACACGGGGGAGAGGCCGUUCACCUGCUCGGACUGUGGGAAGGGAUUCACUAAAUCAUCUCACCUACAGAGACACCAGUCAGUUCACACUGGGGAGAAGCCAUUCACUUGCUCAAUCUGUGGAAAGACAUUCACUCAGUCAUCCAACCUACAGAGUCACCAACGAGUUCACACUGGGGAGAGGCCAUUCACCUGCUUAGACUGUGGGAAGACAUUCACUCAGUCAUCCCACCUACAGAGACAUCAGUCAGUUCACACAGGGGAGAAGCCAUUCAUCUGCUCAGUCUGUGGGAAGGGAUUCACUCUGUCAUCCUCCCUAUUGGCACACCAAUCAGUUCACACUGGGGAGAGGCCGUUCACAUGCUCAGUCUGUGGGAAGGGAUUCACUAAAUCAUCUCACCUACUAUUACAUCAGUCAGUUCACACUGCAGAGAGGGAUUUCACCUGCUCAGCUUGUGGGAAGAGAUUCCCUCACUCUUCCACCCUACAGAGACACCAGCGAGUUCACAGUGGAGAGAAGCUGUUCACCUGCUCAGAAUGCGGGAAGGAAUUCACUCAGUCGUCCCACCUACAGAGACACCAGCGAGUUCACACUGGGGAGAAGCCGUUCACCUGCUCAGUCUGUGGGAAGGGAUUCACUCAGUCAUCCAACCUACAGAGUCACCAACAAGUUCACACUGGGGAGAAGCCAUUUACCUGCUCAGAAUGUGGGAAAGGAUUCACUCAGUCAUCCGGACUACUGGCACACCAGCGAGUUCACACAGAGGAGAGACCAUUCACCUGCUCAGACUGUGGGAAGGGAUUCACUCGGUCAUCCGAUCUGCUGGCACACCAGCGAGUUCACACAGGGCAGAGACCAUUCACCUGUUCAGACUGUGGGAAGGGAUUCCAUGGAUCAUCCGACCUUCACAGACACCAGCGAUUUCACACUGGGAAGAAGCCGUUCACUUGCUCAGUCUGUGGGAAAAGGUUCACUUUAUUAUAUCACCUACGGAGUCACCAGCGAGUUCACACUGGAGAGAGGCCGUUCACCUGCUCGGACUGUGGGAAGACAUUCACUCAGUCAUCCGACCUACAGAGUCAUCAGCGAGUUCACACUGGGGAGAAGCCUUUCACCUGCUCAGACUGUGGGAAAACAUUCACUCAGUCAUCCAACCUACAGAGACACCAGCGAGUUCACACUGGGGAGAAGCCGUUCACCUGUUCAGACUGUGGGAAAACAUUCUCUCAGUCAUCCCACCUACAGAGUCACCAAAGAGUUCACACUGGGGAGAAGCCAUUCACCUGCUGUGAAUGUGGGAAGGGAUUCACUCAGUCAUCUAACCUUAUGACACACUGCCAGGUUCACACUGUGAGAAAGUUUCAAUAAGUUGCAUGCUGGAUAUUUGUCCAUUCCCGUUGCUGAAUGCUAUUUCGAGAGUGACUGUCGGUGCUGAACUCUGCAAUUAUUGCUGCUGCUCACCACACCCAGUUCUGCACCCUGGUCACUGGGCAUGGGAGGAGUUUCUUCUGCUGCACAUUCACCUUUAAUGGGACUGGAAUUUAAUAUUCUGGAUCUGAGACAAAUAAAUCAGUUUAUUUUAAACUCUGUCUCUGGUACUUAGUGAAUUUAUAACACACCUAGUGCACAGUAGAGAGUCAACUCAGGCCUGCUGGACCCAGCCAGUGAUUCAGUUCCACAACAGUCCUUUUGAAUCCUCCCCUGUUGUUCUCUUCUCGCUGUCCCUGUGGUGAUGGGUUCCAAACAGUCACCACUCUGUGGGUGAAGAGGUUUCCCUUGAAUUCUCUGCAGACUGAUGAAGUCGAGCUGACUGCAGUUCUGUCUGAGAUGUUCUUCGCCCCUCAAAUCUCUGGGGUGAGAAAGAAUGACAUUGGGAGUUAGCCUCCUUAUUCAGGGCUCAUUUCCACAUUAUGGGUCAUUUUCCCUGCUUCUAAAGGGUUGUUAGAAAACACCACUCUCCUCUAAAGACUGAAGGCAGAAUGGGAAACCAUUAGUUGGAUGUUCAAUGGAGCAGGGUCAGAAACCAGAGGCGGGUUUGCACAGAGCAGUGUUAGGGGCCCUGGACGAUGGUCGGGUUAAAAACGUAUGAUGAGGAGAAGGGAAUCAGCAGUGGUGUGUGGCAACGAAUGACAGAGUGGAAACUUUGUAAGCUGAUUGACAGAUAAAAUCUUUUGUCUGUCUGACACAAACAAUACCUGUGGUGAGGUGCUCCACUGGUCGAGAAACGUGUGUGUUGAGAAUGGUUUGUCUACUGAGGGAGUUGUUCCUGUUGUUUAUCCUGUAAUAUUAUAUCUGGAUGGUUAUUUUAGAUUAUCCUAUCUGUAAUAAUGUAUUGAUUAUCAUAUAAAUUGUGAGAUUCUGUCCCUAACUGGAACAGGCUUGAACUUAUGGUGCCUUAAUGAAGUGAUGGUGGUCAUUCAUGAGCUUGUAUUUCAAAGCAAGAUUUUGGUGAAUGAUAUUUGCCACUGGAUUGUACCUGUGUAAGCAAUCAGAUUGAGUUAAACUGCUGCAGGAUCCUGGAAUGUGUUGGAUUGUGUCUGGUUUCUCUUGGCAUUUUCUGCACUUACUGCCUUGUUGGUUUGUAUUUCAUAUAUUUUCAUUUUUUUGUUUCCUUUUGUUACCCACCUUGUCCUGUAUUUCUGCAAGAAACCCCUCUGUUUCUGGGACGAGGUCAACUCUCAGUCAGGUGCUCGAUGCUUCCUUGUCACCAUCUCAUCUGCUCAGAUUGUUGGGAUGUCUCCCAUGGAAGAUCAUUCUCAUUCCACUGGUUAAUACUGACAUUGACUUUUUUUAAUAAAAAUAUCUUGGUCCCAUUUCAAUCAGUAAAAUUUUCACAGUGACGAUUCAUUUUUCUGAGUUGGCCACUCAUUUAAGUUUUCUGGUCUGUAUUUCUUAUCACGAUUGCUUAUACACACAUGGAGUGCUGAACCCUGUUCAGUUUUGAUGAAAAUAUAUACUUAGAAGUUUUAGCUGACUGUUGUGUGAUUUCUCUUUCGUGUGUGUUAUUUCUCUUCCUUCUUCUGUCCAAGGUAAUGUUAAUCUAAGUGGGUUUGAGUAUAAAUAGUAUUUUCUAAAGUUUUCUAAAGUUCUUAUUUAUCUUUGUAAAUUUUACUGAUUGAAAUGGGACCAAGAUAUUUUUUAUUUAAAAAAAAAGUCAAUGUCUGUACUGAUGAGACUGUUUAUUGCCGUUGUUGUAUUUGUUAACUAUUGAGCUCUGUUUGACAGGUUUUUUUUUUGCCUUGAACUAAAUUUUGUCAAAGGUUUUCCCUAUUUUGCAGUACUUUCUAUUUUCUUUGCUUGUUGAUUUUCCAGAUAUGUGGGUAUCAAGAGUCCGGAUGAAGGGUCUUGGCCUGAAAUGUUGAUUCCCAUCCAUAGAUGCUGCCUGACAUGCUGAGCUCCUCCAGCACUUUGUGUGUAGUUCUCUAGAUUUCGAGCAUCUGCAGGUCCUCUUGUUUCCCAGAUACUUAUAUGUUUCUUGAAAGAACAAGCUGGUAGUGGGGUUCUGUGGCUUAUGGUAAAAUAUUAAAUAAAAUCAUUAGAUGUGGCAAGUGUUGUAAGGCGUAGAAUCUGUGGGUAGAAUUAAGGAACAGCAAAUGUUUAAAAAAAAAUCCCUGAUGGGAAUUGUAGAGAGACCCCAAACAGUAGUAUGUGGUCCACAAAUUACAAUGGGAGAUAGAAAAUGCGUGCCAAAAGGGCAAUGUUACAAUAGUCAUGGGGGAUUGUCAUGCAGGUGAUUAGGAAAAUUAGGAUGGUGUUGGUCUCAAGAGGAGGAAUUCCUAGAAUGCCUACAAGAUGCUUUUUUAGAGCAGCUCAUGGUUGAUCCCACUUCGGUUUCAGCUAUUCUGGAUUGGGUGUUGUAAUGAACCAGAAUUAAUAUGGUUACUUUAGUUCAAAUAACUCUCAGGGGCAAGUCAUCUUAAUGUGAUCAGAUUCACCCUGACAUUCGAGAAGGAAUGUGGAAUAAAGAGAAUUAGAGAGGCAUGAGAGAAAAAUUGGUCAAUAUUGAUUUGAAAAGAACACAGGUAGCGAUGAAAACAUUUGCAAUGGCUGUAAUUUCUGGAAGCAAUUCAGAAGGCACAGGAUAUAUACAUCAGAAAGAGUAAGCAGUAUUCUAAUAGUAAGGUGGUAAAACCAUGGCUGAUAAGAGAGGGCAUAGAGCAAAAAUUACUAGGAAGUUAGAGGAUUGGGAAGCUUUUAAAAACCAACAGAAUGCAACUAAAAUAAUUGAGAAGGAAAAGAUGGAAUACAUAGGUGAGCUUGCCAGUAAUAUUAAAGAGGAUACCAAUUUUUUUCUUCAGGUACAUAUCGUGUAAAAGAGAGGCAGAAGUGGAUAUCAAACCACUGGAAAAUGAUGCUGGAGAGGUAGUAAUGGGGUGGGGGUGCAAGGUGAUGGCAGAUGAACUGAAUAAGUAUUGUACAUCACUCUUAUCUUUUGAAGACACUGGCAGGAAUAUGGAAGUCACAGAUGUCAGUGGUCAGAAUGUGUAACGUUACAUUAAUCGGGAGAAGGUUCUUGGGAAACAGAGAUGGUCUGGAGGUAAAUAGAUCACUUGGACCAGAUGGUGUACACCCCAGAGAUCUGAAAGAGGUGACUGAAGAGAUGUGGAUGCAUUAGCAAUGAUCUUUCAAGAAUCGUUAAGGAAAUUAUAUCCUAAGAAGUUUUUUCCUUCACUACUCCCCCUCUCCCAGUUUCACCUAUCACCCACCACUUCUUCCACCCAAUUCACCCCCACACUCUGACGUGUCAUCGUUUUUCCCCCAGUUCUGAUGAAGGGUCUCGGCCCAAAACAUUGACUGUUCACUAUUUCCCAUAUGUGCUGCUUGGCCUCCUAGGUUCCUCCAGCAUUUUGUUGUAUGUGUUACUUGGAUUUCCAUCAUCCACAGAGUUUCUCCUGUUUUUGAUAAAAGCAAAAGCAGGGUCAUAUAAUAUAGCAAGAAAACAGUGGGAAUGAGAGGAUUGGAAAGCUGUUACAAACUUACAUAACCAACAGGUGACAACUGAAAAAAAAAACACACAGGAGAGACAAGAUGAACAAUUAAGGCAAGUGAGCCAAUAAUAU